AUGCCAUAUCCACGAAUCCACACUUCCGUGGGCGGUGAGACGUGGAUUCAUCUCCAGAUGACCGUGUGGAAAUACUCAUUCGACUACGACGACUUUUGGAGCUGUUUCCAGAUUUCUCACUUCUCGGAUAAUCCUCUUCUUCUUCGUCUUCCUCGUCAUCCGAACAUGAACAUCGAAGGAGAGCUCUACGAGGUGUGCGCCAAAAAAUUGGAGGUGUUGGAUGAGUUGGAAGCGUAUCCAACACUUUAUGACAGGAAGAAAAUUGAGAUCAAACUCUCAACUGAUGGCUCCAUUGACCACGCCUUCAUCUACUUGCUCAAAAGCUGGCGCGCGGAUCUUCUAAAGACGUCUUCUGAGAUGAUGUCGAGCUAUUCGAGUCUCGGAGCUCAUGGAAGACAAUAUGUCGACAGAUACCUGAGAGCCAAAGAAAUGCUCGAGGAUCUUGACGGAGGUGCCGCGAAUCUGUACCAUGAGAUUCUGGGGGCGGAGCAUCCGAUGUACCUUGAGUUGACUCGGCAGAAAGCAGAGUUCGACUUGAAGAGUCGUGAAUAG